AGGGCGAUGGCCGUUCUCAGCGCCGGGCCGGAUCAGCAUCGGCUCGGCAUGCGUCCGGUAUCCGCUUGAUACCCGCUCGGCAUUCCUCGGAUAUCAUCCCGGCGCCCAUCUGCUUGAUACCCGUUCGGCAUUCUUCUGCUGCUGGCGGCCCACAACAGGAAACUCAAAACCCUCGGCCGUCCGUCGGCUUCCCUUGCGCCCAGAUCGCCCCCCACAGACCAAGUCCGUCUGCGGCCUGCUCAACCUCCCAGCCUUGCGUCCUCGCUGAAUCGCUUUUCCCUCGACGUCAGCCUGCCACCAUGGCCUCCCCGACCUCAGUCACUCGUAUCUGCGGCUCCGACACAAGCAGCUGUGGUUACUGCCACAGCGGCACUCGUUCGAGCGCCUCCUGCGGCAUGUGGGCAUUCUCGCUCGCACCGCAUGCCUACCAAGCUCUCAUCGAUCGAGGCUGGCGUCGCAGCGGUCAGUACCUCUAUAUCCCCGAUCCACUGAUGACCUGUUGUCCCUGCUAUACCAUCCGAGUGGAUGUGGCCGAGUUCAGCCCCUCCAAGAGCCAGAAGAAAACCCUCCGGAAAAUGAGACGAUACCUCAACACCAAGCCCGGAGACAAGCCGUCUGCGGAAGAGGCCGGCGAAGAUGACCCCGCAUCGCAUUUGACCCAUCCGGACCAGCCCGAUCAGUCGAGUCCUGCGGCCGGCACCAAGCCCGAAGUGCUGGUCGCCCCAGCCCAAGACGAACCCAUCGAGCUCUACAGCGCCGAGCUCCCCGGCCCGAACAAGAAGCUGCUGAAGCAACUCAAGGCCACCAAGAUGCAAAGCCAGCACGAACAUCCCGAUGCUGCCCCAAGAGCCGAAAAUGCCGUCAAUACAAAGAAGCUGAACGACCUAUUCAAGGAGAUCGAAGCUGGGUCAACACACCAGCUGAGGGUCGAGCUGGUGCCGGCCAAGUUCGAGCAGGAGACGUUCGAGCUCUUUGCAAAGUAUCAGACCCGGGUCCACAAAGAUCCGCCCUCCAAGUUCGACGAUCCGUCAUCGUACAUCAGCUUCCUGGUCGACAACCCGUUUCCAAAGGCUCAAGGACGCUCGUUAAGCUACGGUGGCUUCCAUCAAAAGUACUAUUUGGAUGACAAGCUGAUCGCCGUUGGCGUCAUCGACAUUCUGCCAAAAUGCGUCUCGAGUGUGUACUUUAUGUAUGAUCCGGACAUGUCGUUCCUCUCCCUCGGGGUCUACGGAGCCAUCCGUGAGGUCAUGUUUGCCCAGUCCCUCUCACAGGUCCUGCCCGAUCUCAAGUACUACUACAUGGGAUACUACAUCCACAGCUGCCCUCAGAUGCGCUACAAGGCCCAGUACAGACCCUCGUAUCUGUUGUGCCAUGACGAUUACAAGUGGUACCCCUACGAAAAGUGCGCCAAGCUCCUCGACCAAAACAAACGGGUUUCGUUUUCCGAGUCGCUGAAAGCCGACCCCGAAGGCCAAACCGUGCGACCGCUUUCGGAGAAGCAAGCCAGCGCCGUCAAAGACAGCGAUAUUAUGGAUCUGUGGGUUCACACCGGCCGAGAGAUUGUCCAGCUAAGGCGCGUGUAUCGAUUCUACAAUGAUGAUAUCGCUAAAAUCAAGGAGCUUUAUGUCUUGGUCGGAGAAGACACUCUUCAGAGCAUUGCGCUCAACAUCUAGUAGCCAAACGAUUCUCUUGUAUUUGUCAAUGAUCAUCCCUUUGGCCUCAUCCUUGUCUGAUCAUUGGCUUGUCGGCACUCCCAAAAACGGAUACACAACUAUCGAUCUGAGGGAGAGUACCAAGCCACCCCUGCAUCUGAGCCGUUGGCUUCCUCGUCCAUGCGAAUCGUAUUCGUUUGUCCCCUGUACCAUCGAGCGGGUCACCACGACUUUGUUUGGGAAACCAAGGGAUCUAAUAGCCUGCCGCCAGCCCUCCUUUGCGUGGAUCGGCCGCCGCUGGAAUGGGCAAGGGCAACGCAUGAAGAAGUCGGGUCAGCGGCCACUCGGUUGUAGAGACCCUGUGCUCAGUACGCGGCUCUCCGGAGGCGAGGAGAACGUCAGCGGCCCGCGAUGCUUAAAUCCGGUUUACCUUGGAUAGUUCCGUCCUUUAGU